AUGACCAGAUUAUUACUGGUACUAUCGACCUUCGUAUUCACCACAUUUUAUCCUACUGCCUCGGCACAAUCCUACACAUUUGAUGGAAGUAAAGUAUCCAUACCGAUUGCAACUGCAGCAGCCGCCAAUCUCACGAUACAUAGCAGUGCAAGAAUUUCAAAUUCGACAGAGUCCUCCUUCGACGCAUUAGGUGGCGAUGAAGACAGUGACAACAAAGACAGUGGCAAUAAAUAUAGCAGCGACCAAUCCGAACACGCUACAGGAACUACAGAUGGCUCUUCGGAUUGUGGUGACCACGGUGAUUCUUUUGGCAACGUGCUCACUGCUACCAGUACGAUCAGGUCUACCUACAGGAACUGGAUAGGUCCAGCGCUCGGCCGUGCUAAUGGCAAGGCUUGCUAUCGUAAAACUCAUAUUGCCAAGACGUGCCCCGUAGGUUUCGAUGCUAGCCUUGGAACAUGCUGGGCACAGUGCCCAUUUUCAUACCCGGUCGAGUGCGGAAUGGAAUGCAUUCGGCAAAACGACAACUGUGCGCUAGAAGUUGUAACAAAGGUGUCUACUGUGGCCCAAGCAGCCCUUUCCAUAGCUACCGACAAUGUGUACGGGAAGUUUAAAUUGAUGACAAAGGGCAUCCAAAUUGCAUUUAAGUGCAGCAAAGAGAUAAUGGGAUUGGUCAAGUCGUUGUCCAAGUACGUUCGUACCGUCAAAAUAUCUGACCCAGACACGACCCAUGAGAAGAUAUUGACAGCGCUUUACCAAACCGAUAAAGUGGUCUUCGAUAUUCCAGUGGCCAUUGCUACAUGCCUGGGAAUAAAAGUGGACGAUCAAUUCAAGUUUGCGGACAGAGUAGUGAACACUGCUGAGUUAGUACUGAAAGAAGUCAUCAACAACGGCAUCGCUAUUGUUUCCGAUUGGACUGCAUUCACGAGUUUUAUGGGGAGGAUUUCUCUUGGGGACACGAUCCGGUCGUUGAACGAGUCGGACAUUACGUCCUUAAAAACGGCACUGGAAUCCAACUCGACCUGUGGAUACGACACAAAGCGAUUGCUCGACCGAAUGUGGAUGACGGUGGCAGAAAUGCGUCGACAGAACCCGACCAUAUCAGAGAAUGACAUCCGUGUUGCGAUGAGCAAGUCAAAUCUUGCGUUAUACGAAAUUCCCACCGUGACCAAUAAUUGCAUGGCGGAACUGAUUGCCGAAUCGGAUGAAUCUUUAGCUUAUACUACUCGAGACAAGCUGCGUAAAGGAUUGGGGAGUAUUAUGGACGACUUGAUCAAAUCAGGAACAAGUACCAACGGCACUCUUCUGACUGCUGGACAGUACGCGUACCGGAUUGCUGACAAGGCAGCGACGUUUUACGCUGUUUGGGAAAAGAAAAAUAUAGGUAAUGUGAUAUCCGAGUUUUUCCAGACAAUUUGCGGUCCCACUGAGUUUGUCGGUGAAAUUGACGAUGGCUCUGCUAGGGAAGCGCUAGGCUUCGAGAAUGUCGGUUCUGCUUUUCGUCACAGCGCUGGAAACUGGACUAGAAAAGGUGAUGGUUCCGUCGUUAUUACGUUCAGUAGUCUUGACACGGAGGACGUGACCGUUGACAUCAUAUCUGGCGGUAACAAGUUCGAUGAAGUGGCUGUUGCGUCGGGUAAGAACGUCACAUGGAGAUCAAACAUUACAGCUUUGGGUGGCAAGACGCUUUAUCUAAAGCGAUGGCGCCCCGGUUUCCUUGGUCUUCCAAAAUCAAGAGGUGGCUCGUUGUUGCUGUGGGUGCCUCGAUCCACACAAGGGGGCAAUCUACAGCUCAGUGUAAAGCUUAAUGUGAGCUGA